UUGGCAAUUCGAAGAGCGUUGGCACCUGACUCUGAUCAACAAGUGGCAAGUGGAAAGUAGAAAGUCCUAGUACGCGGUGAAGUGUUCGGUUUCUGAAAAGUUCACUAAAAGUUACCAAAAGAAAAUUUCGAAAGAAAAUUAUAACUGACGUCGGACAAUUUGCGUGCAGCUUGCGAAAUAAUAUUUAUUGAAAAAUGUGGUACAGCAAGUGCAGUUGGACAUUGGUAGUGUUGGUGGCGCUCUUUGCUCUCGUCACAGGUUCCUGCCUGGAAUACGGACAUUCCUGUUGGGGAGCUCAUGGCAAGCGGUCCGGCGGGAAGGCGGUCAUAGAUGCCAAACAGCAUCCCUUGCCAAAUUCAUAUGGCUUGGAUAGCGUGGUGAAGCAACUGUACAACAACCAGAACAACCAGGACGAGGACAACAACGAUGAGGACAGCAACAGCAACGCGAAUGCGAAUAGUGCCAACAACAUACCACUGGCAGCUCCAGCCAUUAUAAGUCGUCGAGAGUCGGAGGAUCGGCGAAUCGGUGGCCUAAAGUGGGCGCAGCUGAUGCGACAGUACCGCUACCAAUUGCGCCAGUUGCAGGAUCAGCAGCAGCAGGGGCGUGGCAGGGGCGGGCAGUACGAUGCGGCAGCCGAGAGUUGGAGGAAACUGCAGCAGGCUCUGCAGGCUCAAAUCGAUGCCGACAAUGAGAACAACUCGGGCUACGAGCUCACGAAGUGAACAUUCCGAGGCCAGUUGCCAAAUUGAAAUUAUGCAGAUAACACGCUAGCUAAGCCAGAAGAACAAAGGGAAAAGCGAAAUGAAAAGAUAUUUAUCACACGCGAGAUCAUUGCAUGCCGGGCAUCAAUUAACAAAAAAAUCAAUUUAAAUCAAUUAACGCAGUCGGAAGAAGAGAUCGGAGCAGGCGCACUUAACACGUAAAAUUCGUUGUGGUUUUUUAUUAUUAGACUUACUGAGCCGAUCAGUGGAAUCCUUUGGCCAUAUUGCGUCACUGGCUGGAUGCCGCAAUAAUGGCCUGCUUCGUUUUCGUUCACUUAACCGUACUUAAUCCCUAACUAAGCAUAUGCAGAUACGCAGAUACGAUCUUAAGAAUUACCACUAAUAAAAGCUAACAUUGAGUGCA